AGUUAUGAUGUACCUACGGAUGUCCUAAGUCAGACGACAUAAUUUCACAAAUUUGAUGCGAAAUCCUACGCACGCGUCGUUAUUCGUUGCAUUGCGUCAGUCAGGUGGCAUUUCAGGGCCUGAAUUGUUGUGACGUCAGAAUGACGUCAUGCGUUUCUUGGAGAGAGCACGGCGUUGCCAAGUCAUUACCUCGCACUGUAGCAAUAGAGAACGAAAUGAAAUGAAGAUUUUGGACGCUAUAGAAAUCUGCCCUUUCUUGUAACCAUAUAGUAAAGUUAUACUCAUUCACUCCAACUUCUUUAGUUCACUUGCCUUCAUGAUUAAUGUAACCGAUUUUGCAUUAUCGUGUCGUAGAGUACGUAAGGCGAACAGUGAUAUUUGAGAUUUCAGUAGUAUUCCAAACUGCGAUAGCUAUCGCCAUAUAUGAACAAUACAGCAACGGCAAAUAAGGCGUGGAGUUUCCUCUUGCGCAAGUUGGUCUGGCAGUAAGGGCGGUGCCAGGGGUCCAGACGGCAGUCACAUGACCGAGUUGUCACGUGAAAGAGAUAUGUGUUCCAGCCAUUGUCCAUCUGGACAGUUCUUUGUGUGCUGUGCUAGCAUUCCAUACCCAUAUAAUAAAAGUGGUGAGUUCCCGACAUCGCGCCUUUGGUUGUUCUGACACUAUACUUUUUUAAAUGUAAAAUGCAAGUUACGCUUUUCAAAAGUUUACGCUUCUUAUAAAAUCGCACAAAUAUGGAAACUUGACUAUCAUGUAGCAUCAUCCAAGUAAAAUGAAAGUUUCCUACCGUAUUAUCGGUGGUGUUUGUUCUUUUGGUCAUGGUGUUCGUUAACUGUAGUUUCUAGGAAUGGCAGAUUUACAAGGAGUAUCCCAGCGCAUCCUCAGAUUAUCAGCACAGUGUGCUCCAGAUAUUUUUCUCAUCAGUGUUUGAUGCAAGAAACAGGCCUAUUGUUCUGGUCUGACAUUUUAAUGACAGGCAACGUCUCUUUGUAAUUACAACGUGUGCCAAAACAAAGGCGUUCGUGAAACAGCAGUUUCUUAAAAAGUUAACUUCACGUUCCAUGGAGAGAGGAGUGGUGGUCCUGCCAUGCUUCAGCUUCGUGCUGCCGGACCCUGAUAUUUUCGCGUGUUCUGAUGUUGUUCAGACUGAAGAAUAGGAUACGACCCAAAAAUCGUUAAGAAUUCCUGUCACGCAAAUAGGGAUAUGUAUAAAUAUUCGACAUGAUUGUUGACCUAAUAUUAAAAGUCGUUCAUUAAAUUUGGUCUUUAUAUGGUCUUUCCGUCGCAGACAUUCGAGAAAUGGAGACCGGUCUUCGGAAAAUGUUCCUGAUAGUUGAUUAAGUAACAUAUCUGAAGAUAUACAAACGCGGUUCCGUAUUAGCCUUGAUGUGUGGUGCUCGAGAGUGACGCCCAGAAGGUAGCGACGUAGUGGGCGGCAGAAGGAAUUUCCGGACCGGACAUGCCGCAGCCUGCUCUCCGAGGAAAUCCACAACGCGCCUCCUUGACUCACCUUCCAGAAUGCCCCACGUAGGGCCAAGAAAGUUCCACAACAGCUUGUACGUAAAAGUCUGUGUACUUAAAAGUCUGUAUUGUUACUUGAAAAGAUAGUUAGAGGGUAAUAGUUUUUCGGAUCAUACUGGCUCUCGGUGGUAUCGAGAAAAACCUGCAGUUUCUUCAGCCAGUUGUGGGGCAUGAGCGUCUUCCAGUAGUUAUUCGUACUGUGAGAUGCUUUUGGGUAGCCCUGGCCUCGGCGAAGUGCCAAAACUGUGGUGUUGGUGGCGUCCGGCAGUAGGGAGAGAAGAAAAUUCAGCAGCGGGCGGGCAGGAGUUAAAAACAGCCGCAGUUAGGCGGCCACUCGGCGCAGCGAUAGCACGGGUCCGCGCCGCCCUCCGUACUCGAACGAACGAUCUCCUUUCUUCGGCCUACGAUACGAGGGAAGGAGCUAUACGAUCGAUCUGACGGGAUACGCUCGAAAAAAACACGCCGAAAUGGAGCCGAUAGAUUUGAGCAGCCUCAUCCCGCCGGAGUUGUGGUUUCAGCAGUUUGUCACUCUGGAUGGCCUGAACUCUGGUGUACCUACAAGAACUACAGCUACACUGACUCCCACCACACUACGUAAUAUUGAACAGACAUUGAUUGAUCUGGAGUGUGAGGUCAGCUCUCAUCAAAACGAGGCUGGCUUCGUCCCUCCUGUAGUGCAGCCAGUAUCACAAGUUGGCGGCACGUACAUGAGUCUCUUGGAAAGCAAACCCGCGUGGCAAGCAGAUGUGGGUCAACAAGCUGCUCGUCCCACUGUUGUUACAACUGCUUCAGUAUUACCAACAACAGUGGCCACCACUGCUACAAUUCCAGUCACUGCUGCUAAUGUAACUGCAGCUCCACGUCGCAACGUAGGUGGGCGGCGGCCGACGAAGAAUACUGGGAUUUCGCCUGAGGAGGAGGAGAGGAGACGUGUGAGGCGUGAACGAAACAAAAUGGCUGCUGCUAGAUGCCGAAAGAGGAGACUGGAUCAUACAAAUGCUUUGUUGCAGGAAACAGAGGGGUUGGAGCAGAAGAAACAAGGUUUACAAUUGGAAAUUCAGCAACUUACGCAACAGAAGGAAGACUUAGAGUUCUUAUUGGAAGCUCACCAGAGACACUGCCGACUGAACGGAACAGCUGGAUCGUGCUCACCUCUCGAUGUCAAGCCGUUCGAUUAUCGUCCACCGACAUCAGUCAGUGAGGAGAUGUGUGUGAAACGUGAAACGGAUGAGGAUCCUCACGGACCACCUCCGGCCAAACGAUUAGCACCAGAACCGUCACUGCCGGGGCCUGUUGCGGGUACCGGUGGUGUAGCCAAGCCGCCGAGGCCAAACUCUUUGCCUGUAGCGGCUGCUUUCACCCCCGCUGCUGGGACACUGAAAGUGGCAGCAUCUGUGUCUGAGGUUGCAGGUGUUCCUGUCACUACACCUUCAGCUGGAAUGCCAUUCAACUUUGAUUCUCUUAUGGAAGGGGGAACCGGCCUCACGCCUGUGUCAGCACCUCUCAUUCCCUCUUGCUCAAGCCAGCAACGCAACAGUGCCGACUUAGCUUCUCCAGAUGCUGUUCCUGCAAAGCUUGUGUCUUUGUGAUGGCGCGCCUCGCCGCUUGUCGGCACGGGCCUCCGUCUGCUACUCCUCUCUCCGUGAGGUCUGCUUGAACCUUCCUGCACGGUCGACGGCUGCAUCCUGUUCUUAGGUGUCGCCUAAUUUGUAGUCAGGAAGACUGCUGCUUUAUAAUGUGUUUUGUAUUCUCGUCUUCUGAUUUAAGUGUAAUUGUAUUACAUAAAUUAUUCCCUCCAUGGUUUUUUACAAUACAUAUUUUCUACAAAGUUGUCUAUUUUGAUAUGCAGAACUUAUUAUGUGCGUUCAAGUGACAGCAGAAAGAUGGCAUCUAGUGCUCUGCGAGUGCAUUUGAAAUUCAGUAGUUAGUACUAGAAUUGUGAUCAGUCACUAGAGCACAGAAGCAAGUUCUUGAUAGCUGUUUGCUGUGCACAAUGAAUUGUGGACAUUGUGUAGGUUUUGUAUGGGAAGGACACUCUGAUUGUAAGACUAAAAUUGCCAUUUGAUUUACUGGCCAUAUCCAAAUUGUUAGGAAGUUUUGUCAAUUUAGCUCAUUGACACAGUCCAAAAAAGUAAAAUUUUAUCACACUUCGUAAGCAGACACAUCACCCAAGUGCUUUUAUCUUUCAAUUUUAUGAACAUUCACUAUUUUCCUAGUAGAAUUGUGAAUUAAUUGUACAUAAUGAAGCGAAUGUCAUUAUGAAAUGAAAUGUAUGUGAAAUCCUAGUCUGUACUAUAGAUAUUGUACUUAAUAUAUAUGCGUACAUGAAAAAUUGAAAACAGCUCAAUAAUUAAGUAAUAAUUUAAUAUACAGGCGUAACUUACAAUUCGUCUUCCAACAAUUGGAGAAUGAGAUUUUUAUAUCGCAAUUGCAUGUUGUAUUUAAUUUUGUGAUGUGCAUUAUGGUCAUAAUGUGAAUAAAAAGAAAGCUUUGAUACAGAA